GUGUCAGUAUGGCAAGGCGGCUUGUAGUACACUGCUCCAUCAGCCAGACAGCUGCCUCUUGAGACUUGCUGAUAAUUCGCUGUGCCCAUGGAUUUUGAUGAUGUCAGGUCUGGGCUUGCUCUCCAGGUAUCUCACGGUUUUUGGUGCCCAGAUUUUCCAAUUUUUGAGAAAAGGACUGAAACUUGGUCAAAUUCAUGCUGCCCCCAAUGUCCAGAAAAAUGAUCUGAGCCAACACCACAGCAGCCAGCAUCUGUUGUCUCUAGAAGGAGACUGCAGCAGUGAUUAUGCACAGGGCAUUACGGCAGAAGUUCUGGUGGUGACCUCUUUCGAGGAACUGCAGAGAAGGGCCCCAGAAGCAAGAGGGAAGAUUGUUGUUUAUAAUCAACCUUAUGUCAGCUACUCGAAGACAGUGCAGUACCGGGUCCAGGGGGCAGUGGAAGCUGCCAAAGUGGGGGCUUUGGCAUCCCUGAUUCGAUCAGUGGCUUCCUUCUCCAUCUAUAGUCCUCACACAGGUAUUCAGGAAUACCAAGAUGGUGUGCCAAAAAUCCCAACAGCUUGUAUUACAGUGGAAGAUGCAGAAAUGAUGUCAAGAAUGGCUUCUCGUGGGAACAGAAUUGUUAUUCAGCUGAAGAUGGCGGCAAAGAACUACCCAGAUGCUGAUUCCUUCAACACUGUAGCAGAGAUCAUUGGUAGCAAGUACCCAGAGCAGGUGAACUUCCAUCAACCCACCAUCUCAGAGGGCAGUGUAUACCUUCAUAUUUAUCCCUGCUGGAAUAUCUUAUUGGCUGUAAGCUGUUAUUUCGGCUUCAGGAUGAUAUUUUAGAGUCUUGAUUAUUUGGUCCAACAUACUGAUGAUUCAUCCUAUAUUUUUAUCAUCUUAAAAUUCACAAGUAUGUCUCCAAGGUAUUGAUGGAAAUACUGUAUGAGGUUGUACCAGGGCUGACUUAAAUUAAAUAAGUGCUAACACUAAUAACAAAUAUAAUUU